AUGCAGCUCAGGUCCAUCCAACGGCUUGAGCUCCCGCCCACGGCAGACAUGCACGUCCACCUGCGGCAGGCCGAGCUCAUGGACUUGGUGGCUCCCACUGUUCUCAGGGGCGGAGUCGACACGGUAUUCGUCAUGCCCAAUCUUGUGCCCCCCCUUACGACUGUCAAGCAGGUGCUCGAAUACCAAUCUCAGCUGCGCGCCGUAAUUCCAGACGUCCACUGCCUCAUGUCUCUUUUCCUUCAUCCCUCCGUCACCCCCGAGGUCAUCGCCGAGGCCGCAGCAGUCGGCAUCACAGGCGUCAAACUGUACCCGCAAGGGGUAACCACCAACUCCGAGUCGGGCGUCUCCGAUCUUGAGUCCUUCUACGCCACCUUUGCUGCCAUGGAGCGGCAUGGCCUGGUCCUGAACCUCCACGGAGAGGUCCUCGAGUCGCUUGCACCGGCCGACACGACACUGGAGGAAGCCUUUCUACCUACUCUUCAAAGGCUCCACGAGCGGUUCCCCCAGCUGCGCAUCGUGCUCGAGCACUGCACGACGGCAGCGGCCGUGGAAGCUGUGCGGGCUUGCGGGCCUACCGUUGGUGCCACAAUCACUGCCCACCAUCUCUAUCUCACCUCCCACGAAGCCUGCUGCGAUCCCCUUGCCUUUUGCAAGCCCAUCCCCAAGAAGCCCACGGACCGGGACGCGCUAGUCAGGGCCGUCACCAGCGGUGACGCCAAAUUCUUCUUUGGAAGCGACAGUGCGCCCCAUCCCCUGCAGUCCAAGACUUCCGCUGCGCCGGGCAAGGCGCCCGCGGGUGUCUUUACGCAGCCAUUCGCGACGCAACUCGUCCUGCUGGCUCUUGAAGAGGCGAUUGAGCGUGGAGUCGUCACUGAAGCAGACGUGACCCAGGAGAAGCUCGAGGGUUUCCUUAGCCGCUUUGCGCGGCGCUUCUACAAGCUGCCCGAGCCUGAGGGGUCGGGAAAGAGGAUCGUGUUGGAGAGGAACGGGGACAAGAUACCGACGAGCGUGCGAAGUCAAGAUGGGAAUCUCGAGGUAGGCAUCUCGAGGCCGGAGGCUGAAGUGUUUAGCUUGAGGUGGGCAGAUGCUGCGUAA